AUGAUUUACGAUGUUUCUGUUGGUUGUGCAGAUUUUACACAGGUGGGGCUCAAGGGCUACAAGCUGCUGAGCACGACGUCAGGGCGCCCGGCGAUUCCCAUCGUGCCUGCAAAGCCGGCCGGUGGGAUGCAAGCUGUUCUAUCUGUUGAGGACGUGAGCCUGGAGCCCCGUGCGCAAUACACGGUGCAUGCUGUUGCCUUCGCUGGACGUAGUUCUCAGCCCUACUACAACCUCUACUAUGAGAAGAAACUCCCCCUAGAAACUAAGAACAUGCUCACCCAAAACCCGCUUUGCCGUGAGAGCUUCAUGUCAUGGUGGAAGCAGUGCGAGGUUGGAGGAGAUUUCUGGGUUGAAACGGAAGUCGACCUACCGAUCAGCAAGAUGACCAAGCCGCAGCUGUUGUCGGAAUGCGUGAGAUUGGGGUUGACGGUGCACAGGUCCUGGUCCCCAGAGGAGAUCAAGGCCGUCAUCAUGGAGGACCGCGAGAACCGGAAGCAGAGCGAUGCUACGGAAAAGAUGAAGAGGCUUUCCCAGUUGACCCUGGACGAGCUCAAGCAGAAGGCGAUGGAGCUCAACGUGGAGUUUCCGAGUCGGGUCACCAAAGGGAACCUGCUGCGCCUGGUGAGGGACUCCUUGAACACCCCGGACAACAAGCUGAUGAAGAUCGGGAAGUACCGCGGCAUGGAGUUCAGAGAGGUCCCGUGGCAGUACGGGCAGCGGGCGAGCAACGAAGUGAAGUCGUCCACGAACGCGGACCCGGACCUGGUGAGAUUCGCCCGUUGGUGGGACGCCAACGAGGAGAAGAAGCGCGGCUACACGAAGGGCGACUCCGACGAGAUGAGCAGGCGACCAAUGCCCGCGGCGAGCGACCCGGGAACUACGACUUCGUGGGAGACGGUGUCGCAGCAUGUGUGGGAAACGUCGUGCCCGACAAGGCCGGCCCUGGACUCCCGGAGCAGCGCCCAGAUGCCGAUCACACCGCCGGGGACGGGAACUACAGCGAACACCAAGAGGAGGACAAAGGACGAGAACCCGAGCGGCAUGGACGACGAGAUCGACGAGGAGACCACCGAGGAGAUCAAGAAGCUGGAGCUACGUCUGGCCCUGUUGAAGGACAAGGUCCACCUCGAGGCUGACGAUGUGAUUGUAGACACAGACCUCGCCCCAGCACACCGCAAUCAACAUGACGUUCUAAACGUGUCCCCUGGACCCCGAGCCGAUGACAGGCCCGACCUCGUUCCUGGAGAACAGCUGGCGAAGGCGAUGUACGACAAAGGCGACUUCUCCUACAAGACUCUGCAGGACGUGUUGGAAAGUGCCGAUCUAAAGCCGAGGCGCAAUGACCGGGGAGAAGCAUUGCAAACCGACAAGCAGAGCGAGAAGACCCACUCCUACUUCACCUUCGGCAUGUUCACCCAUGGUGGAGUGCAAGGCGUCACGAAGCUGACGCUUGAGCGGCCCCACCUCUGCAGGUACCUCAACCAGUUCGGGAACGAAAAGAUCGGCAAAGGGGGCACGUGGACUUCGCUCACAGUCAGCAAGAAUGUGAAUGCCGGCGUGCAUCGCGACCACAACAAUUUGAAGGGCACCGCCAACCACACCUGCAGUUUCGGACAGACUGCCGGUGGAAAUGUUUGGUUGGAAGACAGAGACGUCCAGGAGGGGGAUACCAAGAUGACCGGCCUCGUGUGGAGACGAGGCGCUGGUGGCGCUUGGCUGCCCGGGCGCUUUAUGAACACCUUUGAGAGGAUUCUCACCUUCGACCCCCACUACAACCACGCCACAUGCGAUUGGGAAGGGGAGCGCUGGUCCAUGACGUACCACACUACGAGAGGGGUGUUGAAGGCCGGCAAGGAGUGCUGCAAUGCCCUGAAGAGAGUUGGGUUCCCUCUUCCUAAUCUACGUGGAGUACAAGGCUCGCCCUCUACUAAGCGGCCGCGCAAGAGUGCACGAAACGCCAUCGCCAACACCGCCGGAAAGCUCAGCGUGAUGAUGACUACCUUGUUGUUGGCCGUCGGUAGCUACAUGAACGACUACCUCCCGUCGGUCCAACACGACCCGGCGGCGAUGUUCGAGAUUGGCGGGAUUGACGCCACCUACGAGGAUGCCUACCACUUCGUCUACGGCAUCACCCCGAAGGAGCUGAGGGUGAACUUGGAUGGCAUGCCGCCCGAGCGGCGCGACGAUAUCCUGGAGCUCGUCAAGGUCCAAGUCGAUGGAGGAGGAGACGUUGUUCUCCGAGGAAGUGAGACCAACUUCUUCCUCAACGAGAUGGCCGGCUACCUGGAAGGGCAACGACAGUUCAAGCAAUCUUGCCGCCCUCAUCAAGUGUUUGUGGUUGGCGGCGAAGAUGGCGACGCGCAGAGGCGCGAAGACCUGGUGCGGCACUUGCGCCUCGCGGGUUGCGAAGAUGCAAUCAUCAAAGCCGCCAAAGGGAUGAAGUGUGAAGUCUGCGCAGCGACAGCGGGGCCCCGCAUUGCUCGCCCUAGUACUGUUCCGAGGAUGUACGACUUCAACGACUGCGUGGGCGCCGACUUGCUCCACCACCACGACAUUGACGACGAGCGCCACACUUUCCUCUCUAUCGUCGACUGGGGAACAUCUUACCACGUCGUCGUUCCCCUGGAAGGCCUUGACAACGAGGACAUUGAGAAGGCGUUCAAUGAUCAUUGGGUGGUUCCUUUUGGCCCUCAAAGGACUGUGUCCUUAGACCUCGACGGAGCAGUACAAAAAGGGAUCUGCCGCCUUUGCGACUGGCACAAUGUGGGCGUGAAGAACGUGGCCGCGCAGGCACAUUGGCAGGCUGGAAUCACAGAGCGCCAAGGCGCUUGGUGGAAGAACAUAUGGGACAGAGUUCGUCAUGAACUCACCAUUACACGAGAAGAAGUACACCUCGCAGCCUCGCUCGUGUCCAGUGCCAAGAACGAACUUCGCAGACGAUGUGGCCACAGCCCUACCGAGCGGGUAUUCGGGCGGCAUCCUCGCCUGCCCGAGGGACUCGCCGACCCGGAUGGAGGCGAAAGAGUCACUUGGGAUGUCACCCCGGAGAGUCAGUACCAAAGGGCCGCGGCCAUACGCACCGCAGCGCGCAUGGCAUUCCACCAUUCUCAAGGAGAUAGUCGGCUUCGCAAGGCAUUGCUCCAAAGGGCUAGGACUACUACGAGGCCUCUGGAAGUUGGCGAGACGGUGCACUUCCGGGACCAGCCGAAGAAUCGACGACGCGGUCGGUGGACCGGGCCGGCGGUGAUUGUGGAUGGUGAUCCCCUUGAUCAACUUCUGCAGAUCCAACCACCAUUCGUGGGGACUCGUAGCCAGGCCGAAGAUAUUCUUGAUCACCUUCACCAGCUGGUAGCCGCCGGUAAGAAACGCACACCGAAUGUCUCCCGCGCUGGCCUUCCACGGAUCAUCAUCACGAAGCCCGCUGGCGAGUCGUUGAAGGUCCGGGUCGGUAUGAGCCGCUAUGACCAGCCGCGCUUUGCAUUUCCAAGUAUUCGCCUUGCAUCGAUCUCUCUCUUCACACGGUUGCUGUCGUCGAUGCUGAGAGCUUCAAGUGCAUCGAAAGAUAAGUGUUCUUUCCAUUGCGUCUCUUCGGCCUGCUUGAACUGCGAGCGGGCGCUGGCCGGGAUUUCCGACCAUUUCAGCUCCUUCUCUUGGCGUUUCUCGACGCCACGCUUGGUCAACUCCUUCUUGAUGAAGAGGGCCUCGUUCACGUUCUCGGUGUCAAUCGGGAUGUCGUCGGGCCUCGUUUUGCGCUUCAGCCUCCGCGGGGGCAUGAUCAUCAGCGACGGCCAAGUCAUCCGCAAAGGGCAUUUCCUCGUCCUCUCCGGCCAGGUGUUCGUCGCAGAUCUCCUCUGCGUCGAGGAAUUCGCCGACCUCCUCGGGAAGGUCGUCAACGGGAAGAUGGAAGGACCACCCGUCGGAUAUGUCGGGAGCCAUGUCGACGAUCUGCUCGUCAUCGCCUCUACCACCAUCGGUGACGCGAUCAAGGCCGAGCUGUCGAAGACCUUUCCUGUUGACACGUGGGAAGACGACGAGUUCGCCUACCUCGGUUCGGAGAUCAUCUGCAAGGAUGAGACUGUGGUCUUCCGGCAGAAGCCCUACAUCGAGAACAGGCUCUUCGUUGUCGACAUCCCGUCGAAUGUCAACGAGCAAGAUCUCGUUGAACGGCCCCGACCACAUCGCCGACAACCGGAGUUUGGUGGGAGCGCUGAGCUGGGUCUCGGCCCAAUCCCGGCCGGACUUGACAUGCUCAGUGUCGAUGGCACAGCCACAGAUCACCGCGACCAAGGACUGACCUUCCGUAAGGUCAAUGACGAGGAGGCGGUGAUCCUGAUCUACCACGAUGCCGCAUGGGCGAACGCCUACGAGGGGGAGUUUGACGAGGAGGGUUUCGAGCUCUACGACGAGGACAAAGCUAGCGGACUUCAACACGAUGGACCUCCCUCACAUCGUGAAGGCCGCAAAGCUAAGCGCGGGAACUCGAGAGUGGCGUCCCAGCUUGGGGAGCUCAUCGUCAUCACCGAGAAGUCGGCGAUCGCUGGAGGAAGCCAUUGGUGUUCAAUCCUCGACUGGAAGUCGAGGGCAGGACAAAGGGUGUGCAGGAGCACAUUCAGUGCAGAGACACAGGCCUGUGUAGAAGGCCUAGAAGGCGGACAGUAUGUACGGGCCGUCUACGAGGCUCUCACCUUUGGCGAGCUCAAGAAGGUCGAGGACGCGACUCUGCCUGUGGUCUGCCUGAGCGACUGUCGCUCACUCUAUGACCACCUUCACCGAGAAGGCGUACCAAGGACACCGAGCGACCGCCGCCUCGCCAUCGAUCUAGCGGCACUGAGGCAGGCUCUUCGACUUGAGAGAUGGACUGAGCGCUUGCCCCUAGCUUGGAUACCGAGCGAACUACAGCUCGGAGAUGUGCUCACGAAGCCACAAGACCCCAAGGCCUGGUGGAACAUGAUUUUGCAAAAGCUGACGAUACCCAUCUCGAUAAUCGAGACGGGGGGCCGAGCCAACAAGAGUUUUCGAGAACGGGAGAAGACCAGUGUGAAGCCCUGUGGGAAUUAUCGUAUUGACAGUGGCCGGCAUCGAAGGCGUUUGGUCCGAAGGCAAAAGGAGUUUUGCGCACGAG